CGGCACCUCCCCAACAGCCCUGGGCAGCAGUGCUGGGCAUGCUCAGUCGGCAGGGCCGCUUCAGCGCUCGGAGUAGGAAGCUAGGGCGCUCCGGCUGUAAGGAGCCGCGGCGGGGGGAAAAUGGAGCCCUUCACCAAUGAUCGGCUUCAGCUUCCCAGGAAUAUGAUUGAAAACAGCAUGUUUGAGGAAGAACCAGAUGUGGUGGAUUUAGCCAAAGAGCCUUGUUUACAUCCUCUAGAGCCUGACGAGGUGGAAUAUGAGCCCCGGGGUUCCCGACUGCUGGUGCGGGGUCUCGGUGAGCAUGAGAUGGAUGAGGAUGAAGAGGAUUACGAGUCAUCUGCAAAGCUGCUGGGCAUGUCCUUUAUGAACAGAAGUUCAGGCCUUCGCAACAGUGCAGCCGGCUACCGGCAGAGCCCAGAUGGGACUUGUUCAGUGCCCUCUGCAAAGACCAUGGGGGUCUGUGCUUUUGUCAUUCUGGUUGCCAUUUCUGUAAUCAUGGUGAUUUAUCUACUGCCCAGAUGUACCUUUACCAAAGAAGGGUGCCAUAAGAAAAACCAGUCGAUGGGACUAAUUCAGCCAGUUGCAACAAACGGGAAGUUGUUUCCAUGGGCACAAGUCAGGCUUCCCACUGCCAUUAUGCCACUACGCUAUGAACUCAACCUGCAUCCAAACCUGACCUCCAUGACGUUCAGAGGUUCCGUGACAAUUUCACUUCAGGCUCUUCAGCCCACUUGGAAUAUCAUUCUCCACAGCACACACCAUAAUAUUUCACGAGUGACCUUUAUGUCAGCAGUUACAAGCCAAGAAAAACAAGUUGAGGUCUUGGAAUAUCCAUUUCAUGAACAAAUUGCUAUUGUUGCCCCUGAAACCCUUCUUGAAGGGCACAAUUAUACCUUGAAGAUAGAGUACUCGGCAAAUAUAUCCAGCUCUUACUAUGGGUUUUAUGGCAUCUCCUACACAGAUGGAAGUAAAGAGAAAAAGUACUUUGCAGCAACUCAGUUUGAACCCCUGGCAGCAAGAUCUGCUUUUCCUUGUUUUGAUGAACCAGCAUUUAAAGCCACAUUCAUCAUCAGGAUCAUAAGGGAGGAACAAUACACUGCUUUAUCAAAUAUGCCUAAGAAGUCGUCAGUCGCUGUGGAAGAUGGACUUGUUCAGGAUGAGUUUUCUGAGAGCAUGAAGAUGAGCACUUACCUGGUUGCUUUCAUUGUCGGGGAGAUGAAGAACCUGAGUCAGGACGUAAAUGGAACCCUGGUUUCUAUAUAUGCUGUACCAGAAAAGAUUGGUCAAGUUCACCAUGCCUUGGAAACAACUGUGAAGCUUCUUGAGUUUUAUGAAAACUACUUUGAAAUUCAAUAUCCACUUAAGAAAUUGGAUUUGGUGGCUAUUCCUGACUUUGAAGCAGGAGCGAUGGAAAACUGGGGUUUGCUCACCUUCCGAGAAGAGACACUUCUGUAUGACAAUGACACUUCUUCAGUGGUGGACAGAAAACUGGUUACUAAAAUCAUUGCUCAUGAGCUGGCCCAUCAGUGGUUUGGUAAUCUGGUAACCAUGCAGUGGUGGAACGAUCUGUGGCUAAAUGAAGGUUUUGCUACUUUCAUGGAGUAUUUCUCUUUGGAAAAAAUAUUUGAAGAACUCUAUAGUUAUGAAGAUUUCCUAGAUGCUCGAUUUAAAACCAUGAAGAAAGAUUCCUUGAAUUCAUCUCAUCCAAUAUCAUUAUCAUCUGUUCAAUCUUCAGAACAGAUUGAAGAAAUGUUUGAUUCUCUUUCAUAUUUUAAGGGAGCUUCUCUCUUGUUGAUGCUGAAAACUUACCUCGGUGAAGAUGUAUUUCAACGUGCUGUUGUCCUGUACCUGCGUAAUCAUAGCUACGGAUCCAUUCAAAGUGAUGAUCUGUGGGAUAGUUUUAAUGAGGUCACAAACAAAACAAUAGAUGUAAAGAAAAUGAUGAAAACCUGGACGCUGCAGAAAGGAGUUCCUUUAGUGACCGUUCAAAGAAAAGGAAAGGAACUUCUUGUACAACAAGAAAGGUUCUUUUUAAAUAUGAAGCCUGGAAUCCAGCCUUCGGGUGUAAGCUAUCUGUGGCAUAUUCCACUAACCUUUGUCACUGAGGGGAGAAAUUAUUCAAAAUAUCAAUCGGUAUCAUUACUGGAAACAAAAUCAGAUGUCAUCAAUCUUACAGAAGAAGUGCAGUGGAUCAAAGUCAAUACAAACAUGACAGGCUAUUAUAUUGUGCACUAUGCAGAUGACGACUGGAAAGCACUAAUCAAACAGUUGAAAGUAAAUCCUUAUGUCCUGAGUGACAAAGACCGAGCCAACCUCAUCAACAACAUCUUUGAACUUGCAGGCCUGGGCAGAGUACCUCUUCGGAGGGCCUUUGAUUUGAUUGAUUACCUUAGAAAUGAGACCUGUACUGCGCCCAUCAGUGAAGCCCUGUUCCAGACAGGCCUCAUCUAUAACCUCCUGGAAAAGCUGGGAUACACGGAUCUGGCCUCAAGACUGGUGACCAGGAUAUUUAAAUUGCUUCAAAGCCAAAUUCAACAGCAAACUUGGACUGAUGACGGCACCCCAUCUAUGAGAGAGCUGCGGUCAGUCUUGCUAGAAUUUGCUUGCACCCACAACCUCGAGAACUGCAACGCUGCUGCCAUGAAGCUAUUUGACAAUUGGAUGGCAUCCAAUGGAACUCUAAGCCUACCUACUGAUGUCAUGGCGACCGUGUUCAAAGUUGGAGCAAAAACCGAAAGAGGCUGGUCGUUCCUCUUAAGCAAGUACAUGUCUUUAGGGUCUGAAGCAGAGAAGAAUAAAAUACUUGAAGCUCUUGCCAGCUCGGAGGAUGUAUGGAAACUUUACUGGUUAAUGAAAACUAGCCUCAGUGGAGAUAACAUCCGAACACAAAAGCUGUCAUUUAUCAUUAGAACAGUGGGCCGACGUUUUCCUGGACACUUGUUGGCAUGGGAUUUUGUCAAAGAGAACUGGAAUAAGCUUGUUCAGAAGUUCCAUCUGGGGUCCUACACCAUGCACAGUAUUGUUGCUGGAUCAACUCACCUGUUUUCAACAAAAGCACAUUUGUCUGAGGUUCAAGCAUUCUUUGAAAAUCAGUCAGAGGCAACCUCUCGGCUUCGUUAUGUCCAGGAAGCUUUGGAAAUCAUUCAGUUGAAUAUCCAGUGGAUGGAGAAGAACCUUAAAACUCUGACGUGGUGGGUGUAGCAUCGCCAACAGCAAGUCAUUUUGUCACCCAUUCAGAGAGCUUGUUAACUUGAGCUCUGCUUUUUGCAAAAGCCAAGGUGAAACCAAGGGUCGCUGCUGAGUUGUUUGCACUUUUAGGAGUUCUAGUUAGCUCAGGGCCUGUCUGUAUUUUUCAUCUGUCUUUUCUGAAAUGUCUUUGGGGAGUAUAUAGUUAUUUAUUACAAAAUUAUAUUCACCUAUAUGCCAACCAUCUACAAAAACAAUGAGUAAUUUUUCUACUUUGAAGAUAUACAAAUGGGGGGGGAAAUAUCUGUUUUGGAAUUCUGUUCAAUUUCUCAGUAUCCGGAAAAUACUGACACAGUGAAACAAGGAAAGAUCUACCAUGGGAGCCACCAUCUUUGCAGGCUGCUGGUUUGUCAGGCAUUUGUUGCUUCUUGUUGAUAGAUGUUAUUUGAACGUGGUACAAAGUUAGCUUCCGAGAGUGUGGCGAUGGAGUCGGAGCACGUGACUGCAGAGAACUGA